AUGGAUGCUUUCAGAGACGGAUUCGAACGCGUUUUCCGAAUGGACUGGCUCGCCCUCUUUAGUCCACACGAAUUGGGUCAGUUAAUUUGCGGUGAUUCAGACCUCAACUGGACACGCGAAGAGCUGCUGGCCUACACCGUGCCCAGCUUCGGCUUCACCCAGAACUCCGCCACAUUCCAGUUCUUUAUUUCUGUCCUGGUGGACUUCAAUCUGGAGCAACGACGCGCUUUCCUGCGCUUCGUGACUGGCUGUUCAAGCCUGCCUCCCGGCGGCCUGCGGAACCUCAGUCCCCGGCUCCGCGUGGUACGCAAGGACGCCCAACAGGGUCCCUUCCCCAGCGUUAACACUUGCGCCCACUACUUGAAGCUGCCCGAGUACAAUUCGCAGGCCGAACUGUGUCAGUACCUUCUAGCCGCUACCAAGGAGAGCGGGUUCUUCCUGAACUAG